AUGAAAGAAAUAUUGCUUCAAAGAGGAGAAUUUUUGGGAGCUGAUUUGAGAGCCAUGUUUAAUAAUCCGGUGUAUAGUGAUAUCAUAAUAACAUGCAAAGAUGGAGGAGUGGUUUACGGUAGUAAAUUAUUACUGGCGGCAAGAUCAGAUGUAUUCGCUCGUUUAUUAAUAAAGGAUAACGCCAAAUUGAAUGAUAAAGAGAAUAAUAACAACAGUAGCAGUUUAAGUUUGAAUAAACUCAAUUUUGAUAAUAGUGAGAAUAACCUAACAUUUACGGAAUUUAAUUCAGAAAUAUUAUUAAUAAUAUUAGAAUAUUUAUAUAUGGGGAACAUAACGAUGGAAUCAUUAACAUUAACUAAUGUGGUAGAAGGGUAUUUAGGAGCGGAAUAUUUUUUAUUACCAGGAUUGGAAGAAAUCAUCAUAACAUUUCUAGAUAACGCAUUAAAAUGUAGUGCGGAUAAUAAUUUAUCGGCGAAGAUCUUAACCCAUGCAUCAGAAUUUAUGUUACCAUCAUCUGAUGAUACGCUCUUUCGCACAUUACAUAACUGCCUAGUGGUAACCCCAUUAGAAUCAAUUGAUUAUGAUAAUUUGACGGCCGAAGGAUUAACAUUUAUUUUAUCACCUCUCAAUACUAAUACGAGCUACGAAGAAUUUGUUACAUCGGAAUAUGGAAUAUUUCGUUACAUAAUAUUAUGGUCUGCGUAUCAUUGUGAACAAAAUAAUGAUUCGAUUUUAUCAUAUUUUGAACCAUUAUUACCAUCAUCAGAUCAUGCGGAAUGUUUGGACGUGGGGGAAUUAGAACAAUUAAGAAAAUUACACGAAAAGAAUUCAAAAAAAUCGAAAUCAAAGGAAAUUAAAUCAUCAAUCACGGCAACAUUAAAUACAUUAUUACCUUGCGUGGAUUUCAAACUGAUUCACCCUUCAGUAUUAGCGAACAUAAUUGAACCUUUGGAUAUCGUGCCGAAUGAUAUGUUGAUUGACGCUUUUAGGUAUCAAGCGCAAUUACCUGCAGGUUCAGGUCCAAAACGUAAUCGUGGUACUAUAACGGCCAAACCGGAAAAUUUGAGAUUACAAUGGAGUCAACAAGCUUGUGGUAAACAAUGUAUGCUAUCUGAAAAUGACAUUUUAUUAAAAUCAUCUUCAAAAAAAUAUGAAUGGGCCAGGACCACCUUACCCAUUCGUGGUUAUGAAAUUUAUGAAUGGGACAUCUUUAUUGAAGAGACUUGUAAACAUCUUUGGAUAGGGGUUUGUACCGAAAGAAAAUUUAAAGUAGAUUAUUCUACCUGGUUAGGGGGAAAUGUUUAUGGUUGGGUUUUAGGUUCAAAUGGUUCACUUUAUCAUAAUGAUCAAUCGAGCUUGAGAGAAUAUGGUAUGGAAUUUGGUAAAGGCGAUAGGAUUACCGUACAUCUUAACAUGGGUAAUAGAUCUUUAGCUUAUUCUAUAAAUGGUAUCAGGUAUGGUGAAGCUUGGAACACGUUACCUCCUGAACUUUAUCCUGCCGUUUCAUUGAAAAAACCUGCAAAGGUUAGAAUUGAAAUACACAAGAAACCGAUUAUUAUCGAGAAUAAUAAUUAUUUGAUGCCUUAUUGUAAUCAUUCGAAUAUUCCGAACAUUCAGAAUAUUCAAAAUGUUCGAAAUAAUCUAAUUAGACCAAUUAGCCUGGAUAGUCUGAAUAGUUUAAACACCCCAUAUAAUACUCCAAAUAAUCAAAAUACUCCAAACACUUCAAACACUCCAAUUAUUUCUACUUCUGAUUCAACAUCACAAAUUUCUGCCGAAUGA